AUGCCAUGGGAUAGGUCCCAACUUUGGGUGGGAUACAUCUCCGAAAAUGGAGACGUGUACAAACGUGUAUGUGUAGCGGGGGGUGAUCCAACCAUAAUAGAAUCUCCAACUGAACCAAAGUGGUCAUCUGAAGGAGAAUUAUUCUUUGUCACUGAUAGGAAUCUUGGAUUUUGGAAUCUUCACAAAUGGGUUGAAUCUGAUAACACAGUGUUACCUUUAUAUUCAUUAGAUGCUGAAUUCACAAGACCAUCAUGGGUUUUUGGAAUAAAUUCUUAUGAGAUAAUUAACGACCAAAAAAACUUAAUUGCAUGCAGUUACAAGCAGAAAGGAAAGUCAUAUCUUGGAGUUUUGGACAAAAAUAAGAACACAUUAUCCGUUAUUCAAACUCCUUUCACAGAUCUAACAAAUAUUACUUGUGGUGUACACUGCCUAUAUGUUGAGGGGGCAUCCGCUGUUCAUCCAUUGUCGAUAGCUAAGGUUGAAUUUUAUUAUUUUAAUUAA